CCGCUUUUGGUUUCAAUCUGCGAGCUGCGACCAUGCAUCACCCCAUCACUCGAUCACUCGAGCCUCCCAUCACCCAGAACAUCUUUCCUUUGCACUGCAGGUACUAGUAGCUAGACACAAGCAUCGUCACAACCAUCAUAGCAUCCUGUCCAUCAAUCAAUUCCACCAUGAUGACACUGUUGUUGGAACAGUAUCCCGUUGCCAUUGGUCUUUUUCUACGGCUGUUCUUGGCAUGGCUGCUACCCUUUCUGUUUGAUACCCAUGGGGUGGUCCCGGGCGUUGCGUACACGGAUAUUGAUUAUCACAUCUUUGUGGAUGCCGCCAAUCAUGUUCGACAAGGAAAUUCUCCCUAUGAUCGGCACACGUAUCGCUAUACUCCCUUUUUGGCAUCCCUAUUGGCACAACUGCCACAUCAUGACAUCCUUAGUCGGUUUCUGUUUUGUGUCGCCGAUGCCUUAUGUGGUUGGAUCAUUCUAAGAUAUCGACAGCAAAAACGUGAAGAACGGCAACAACACCAACAGCAUUCAAGAAUACAAGAACAACAAUCAGCAGCAGCAGUAUCCAACAGGAUGCUUUCUCCACGACUGCAAGAUGCCCUUUGGUGGCUCUACAAUCCACUGGCCAUUAAUAUUUGUACGAGAGGAUCUUCCGAGAGUUUUCAGGUCCUAUUGCCAGUACUGGUCACUGUUUCCAUUGUCACAUUGGACAGCAAUAGUAUUAGCAGCCAGCAACAACAACAACAAAAGUCGUGGCUACUGGCAAUCCCCGCGGGAGUUUGUCACGGUGUGGCCGUCCAUUCCAAACUCUACCCCAUCAUUUAUUCUCUCUCCUUCAUGACCUACUUUGCUGCUCCGCCCAUAAUACGAGAUUCUUCUACUACAGCAGUGUUGGACAAUACCGCAACCAUCUUGUAUCGACUGGUUUCCUUCUUUCUAUCAUGGGCCAAACGAUUGUUGACACCGGCUCCAAUCGUCUUUUUCAUCACUUUUAUGCUCACGUUUGUGGGACUCACGUACCUGGCAUACGAAUGGUACGGACCCAUUUCCCUGGAAGAAGGACUCUUGUACCAUUUAUCCCGCGUCGAUCAUCGACACAAUUAUUCCAUGCAUUGGUACUGGAUCUACCUCGGGCGAGCACGACCGGAUUUUGCACAAAACAUGGCCGUCAUUGGCAAGUUGCUCUUGUUGCCACAACUGGUCCUCUUGGUAUACACCAGUCUGGCACUGGCGCCUACCAAUCUCGGUUUGGCACUCUUUGUGCAGACGUAUCUGUUUGUGACGCAGAACAAGGUCAUUACGGCACAAUAUCUGACAUGGUAUCUGUGCUUGCUGCCACUCUGCAGCGAUUCCUUUGGCACGACCCCGCGACUACAAUGGAGUUUGGCAGGACUGGCACUGUCGUAUGGGAUAUGGCUGGGAUCGGCCUAUUGUUUGGAAAUGCAAGGAUGGGCCGUGCAUCGACUGGUAUGGAUCGCUUCGGUGGUCUACUAUUGGGCCAAUAUUAGUGUCAUUGCGGCAUUGCUAAGCUCGUAUCAGGGAGGGAAAACACAGCAACAGCAACAACAGUCCAAAGGAACGACUACAAAGAGCGGCAAAGAGGAUUGAAUGGGAGUGAUUGAUUGAUUGAUUGUAUUAGAAGAAUAGACAGUGGAACAAGCUAGGGUUUUGUUUGUUUGACGUGAGAACAAGCAACAAGUCAUCCAUUCACUUGUUGGAAGCAACAAGGGAUGACUGCGUUGGGGAAUGCAGUAGUCAUCUGCAAGGGCGUUGCAUUUUUAGACAGAAACUGAAGAGGCGAGGCCCAAAGUCUCUUGCAGCCUGGAAAGAAUAAUAAUAACAACCCAGGAAUCAGACAAAUCAUCUGCUCCUGUAUGCAUUCCUGGAAUUCCUAAACAGUAACUUCCAUCCAUCCUUCCACAAUGACAGGUGCACUCACCAGAAGUAGUCUGCAAAUUCAAGAAGGAAAACAAGAUCAGGAGGUCGCAGAACUUGCAGGCACUGAGGCCUUCAGUUCAUCCAGUUUCUGCUGAGCUUUAGUCUUGGCAACAGCAGUCAGAUGUUUGUGGCGACAGUAUCGAAGUGACUUCUCCAACCAACGGAUGGAUUCCAUUUUAUCCACAUUCAAGCCAUAUUUUCCCUUGGCAAAUGCUAUUCCCAAUUUAUAGGCCGCAAAGUCUGAUCCUUGGGAUGCUGCAUCAGUAAGGUGGAAAAGUCCAGGUGAUUGUUGCUUGGUCACUCCUGCCCCAUCUAGAUAGCACCAACCCACCAUUGCUUUGCCUUUGACAUUCCCGGCCUCUUGAGCUUUCUUGUACCACUGAAAGGCCAACUUUUUGUCUUUCUUGAAACCCUCUUCACCGUCUCUAUAUUUGAUUCCUGCCAAAAACAUUGCAUUUCCAUUGCCUGAUCCUGCCCAUUUCAGCAAUUCUUCCAUUUUCUUCUUCUGUUCCACCUUUUCAUUCCAGUUGUCAGCCAAAUCCCCAUCAAUGACUCCAGACUCCACCAACGUCUCAAUGGUAUUGCGGUGCUGAAUGGCUGGCAGUAACUUUUCGCCCAUUUUUAGGUUGGUGACUGGAGACUUGAGGUCCCGAGGAUGGUUCUUGAUAUGCUUCUCGAUACAUUCACGCUCAUAGACUCGUCCAUCCUCAGCUGUCACAGGAUCCCAGGGCAAUUCCCGACUGAUUGGACAGAUCAAAUCACCUGCUGGGGAUUUCUUGAGGCGCUUGGAAGGUGGUUGAGUUUCUUCCACGUGAUUGUUGGAUAGAUGGAAUGAACGACUCACUCGUUGGCGGCUAUUUCUGCCUUUCCUUGAUGAUGAAAGAGUUCCACUGUACCUGCUCGAAGAAUCAGGGCACCGGGGCCAAAAAAUAUGGAACCCGGGGGACAUGGUGUCCGCAUUGGUUUCUGACUUGGACAUGUUGGGAUUGGAUCGGCCUGGCGAUACGACGAUACUUGAAUUUGAGCCGCCUAGUAGAAAAAGCUGGCGCUCACACUUGCUUGUAUUGGUUCUUGUAACGUACUGCUAUGCUGUUUACGUGGGACAAAUGCCAGAACUAGUAGCCUGGCUUGGUUCCUUUCAAGUGGAAGUGUCGGCGUUGAACAACCUUCGUUUGUUCGUUGCCUCGUCAAGUCGAUUUGUCCGCGUUGAACCUUCGAACGUUGGUUUGUGUCUUGAUUCGAUUCU